CAAAGGCGAUUCUAAAUGAGUCAAAAUGUCGAGACCGGGCCCAUUGUCAACAUUUCUGUGUCAACCACUCUUGUUCAUCCAAAACAAACCAGAAAAGGGACUCAAAGUGCUAAAUGCCAGAAUUAUCCUUUAACCAUGAUGUCAGCAUAUGGUAGCUUAUACCAACUUGUAAAAGAAACUACAAAGCAUAUUAUUGAAAAUGUAUCCCCAAGUGAGAAUAAAUACUAUUUUCUGAUUGGCUGUGAGGGAGCUAUUUAUUCUGUACAUUGUGGCUCCUAUUAAGUAUAGGCCCUAGAUCUGGUUAAAAAAAUGUAAUUACCAUCCAUAUCAAUGUAAACGACAAUUGAACAAGCAACAAGCAGGCUUUGUAACAGUGGAAUCAACUUUAACAAAGCAAGUGGUUUUUAAUAUUGUCCUAUAGUGAGAAUGAACAUCUCCUAUAGACCUCUGAAGUUCACUUACAAAAAGGAACCAAAUCUUUGCCCAUAUAAGAAGAACUGGGUGUUAAUUAAAGCUAACUACCUGUGAUCUGGUUUAGGGUCUUCGAAUCGACCGGUUUCUACACGGAGGACAAAGAGUGUUACACCGACCUUACCUACCAUUGAAGUCGAAGUUUGAUUGACCAGAGAAUGUCUGGAUUGACCCAGUAUAGGCUAUAACGUUACUGCGUUGAUAUCGUAAUGGUUUGCCUAUGGCAUUCAUCGCGUGCCAUGCAAAUUGGGCCUUUACAGUGGUUGAGGUUUAAAUCGUCUCGGAUUAACCAGAGAAACGCGUUUCAUCAUACUCUGAAUAAGUGGUCGACUCUGCACCUCAAACAACUCCAACAACAUCGGUGCAUUCGACAUGGGAACAAGAGAUAUUACUCAGAAUCGGCGAAGAAACCCGUCCGAAUAGGCUGCGCAUCAGGAUUUUGGGGAGACACUGCAACUUCAGCCCCACAGCUCAUAUAUGGAGGGAAUGUGGACUUCCUUGUGUUUGACUACCUCUCUGAGAUCACCAUGUCUCUGCUCACAGCUGCCAAAGCCAAGGUCCCUAAUCUAGGGUAUGCACCAGAUUUUGUCCAAGCUGCCAUAGCACCGUUCAUCAAAGACAUCCAUAAGAAAGGUAUACGUGUGGUGAGCAACGCUGGUGGCGUGAACCCUCUCGCCUGUGCUGCCGCAUUACAGGAAGUAGCCCAGAAGGCCGGCCUCAACAUGAAGAUUGCUGUGGUGACCGGAGAUGACCUCAUGCCUCAGAAAGACUCCCUGGGAAAGGUCAGAAUGGUGGACACAGACGGACAGAAGUCUCUACCUAAAAUGCUCCACAGCAUGAACGCCUACCUUGGUGCUAUGCCCAUUAAACGUUGCUUGGACCAGGGGGCAGAUAUCGUGGUGACCGGCCGCUGUGUGGACAGUGCCGUGGUGUUGGGCCCUCUAAUGCACUCGUUCGGUUGGGAUCAGAGUAACUAUGACCUUUUGGCUGCUGGAAGUCUGGCUGGUCACCUGGUAGAGUGCGGGGCCCAGAGCACUGGAGGGAUCUUCACUGACUGGCAUCAGGUGCCUGACUGGGACAACAUGGGUUUCCCCGUGGUCGAGUGCUCAUCGGACGGCUCCUUCAUUCUGUCCAAACCUCCUCGGACUGGCGGCAUUGUGUCCUUCGGCACAGUGGCCGAGCAGCUUGUUUACGAAAUCGGUGACCCGCGGCGCUAUCUCCUUCCCGAUGUGACAUGUGACUUCUCCCAGGUCACCAUCAUCGAAGUGCCAGGAGUAGAGGGAGGUGCUGUGAAAGUAGGCGGAGCCAGAGGCCUACCGCCAUCAGCAGAUUAUAAGGUGUGUGCCACAUACAUGGAUGGCUUUAGGGCCACAGCGGUGUGUCCAGUGAGCGGGCCCAGAGCAGCUGAGAAGGGAAGACGUACAGCUGAGAGCAUCAUCAAGAGAGUCAGGCGUAUAUUCAAGCAACUAGGCAUGGAGGACUUCAGCGCAGUGAACAUCCAGGCGCUGGGAGCAGAGGACACUUACGGACCUCACGCCUCUGGCAAAAGUACCAGAGAGACUGUUCUAUGGAUGGCCGUCCAUCAUAAACAAAAGAAGGCGCUGGAGAUGUUCGCCAGGGAGAUAGCACCUGCUGGAACAGGCAUGGCUCCUGGGCUCCUGGGGAUCGUAGGGGGCAGGCCUAGAGUGUCACCCGUGCUGAAGGCCUUCUUCUUUCUCCAUCCUAAAGCAGAAGUCAAGGUUGACAUCCACCUCAAUGGGGAGCUGGUGGAGACACAUGCAGAAGUGACCCCGUCCUCAUCUCAAGAAACCCUCUCCCCACCCCCACCCUCCGAGACCCCAUCUGCAGAUCUGCCCAGCGGCCCUCACAACUAUCGUCUGGAAGACUUGGCCUACACCAGGAGCGGGGACAAAGGUGACUCUGCUAACAUCGGAGUCAUUGCGCGGCAUCCCCUCUUCUACCCGUACCUGAAGAAGCACCUGAGUGCCUCAGUGGUGGAGGAGUACUUCCAGCACCUCAUCCAGCAGGACCACCCCCACAGGCCAGCAGUCACCAGGUUUGAGUUGCCUGGCAUCAAUGGCCUUAACUUUCUUCUACAAAAUUCGCUUGGUGGGGGAGGGGUAGCAUCACUGCGCAGUGACCCUCAGGGCAAAGGUUAUGGCCAGAUGCUGCUGGACUACAAACUGAAGGGACUGCCUGAUCUGAAGUCACUGGUGGACUAAAACAGUGCCUCUUAUGUUUAACAUUUGAACAUUGGUAACACUUUAAUGAACUGAAUAUUUUUAUAUCCAUUAAAACAUUUGAAUGCUAUGUCGGAAAAAUAACUGUAUAGAGAUUUCAUUUUAUAUCAUAAAAUGAAUUAAGAUUAAAAUAUCUAAAUAUCUAAAAUAUUAAUAUCUUCA